GUUCAUGUCCACUUUUUACCACAAACAGCAACUCCUAACUCCUAACUAUGCAAACCAAUCUCCAAUUCAUCUCUGCACCCCUUACCAAAACUCCAAUCAAAAUUGUUAACACUUCAAAUGAAAACUACCAAACCAAUCAACAAUCCUCUGCCGGCAAAAUUAAACGCCUUGUUCUCACCCAAGAAGGUAGAACCAAACUUAACAUAUACCCAGAUAAAGAGUUCUAUGCAUAUCCACGCUUGGUGACCCAUGUAGAUGAUGGCUUCAUUUCUACACUGACCAAUCUUUACAGAGAAAGGUUGAUACCCAACACAGAGAUUCUUGAUCUCACGAGCUCUUGGAUUAGCCACCUACCCAACGAUGUAAACUACAAAAGAGUGGUGGGGCAUGGUUUGAAUGCACAAGAGCUUGCAAAGAAUCCAAGGCUGGAUUACUUUUUUGUGAAGGAUCUCAACAUGGAUCAACAGUUUGAAUUUGAGAGUUGUUGUUUUGAUGCAGUGUUAUGCACAGUUAGUGUGCAAUAUCUCCAACAACCAGAGAAGGUAUUUGCUGAGGUGUUCCGGGUGCUAAAGCCAGGAGGGGUGUUCAUUGUGAGUUUUAGCAACAGAAUGUUUUAUGAGAAAGCCAUAAGUGCAUGGAGAGAAGGGACUGCUUAUAGUAGGGUAAGACUUGUGGUUCAGUACUUCCAAUCUGUGGAAGGUUUCACAGAGCCAGAGGUUGUUAGAAAGUUACCAGCUACUAAUGAUGCUCAAGGGAACAAGUCACCAAUUGGUUGGAUCAUGAGGCUUUUUGGAUUGAUGUCAGGGUCAGAUCCCUUUUAUGCAGUGAUUACUUAUAGGAAUUUUAAACCCAUAGAAAAAUGAUUGAAAUGUCACGAGUUUGAAUAUAUUAAACAGUCUCUUUGCAAAAAAAUAUAAUGGUAAGGUUGUGUGAAAAGAUUUGCCUCAUCCUAGCACUUGCAAGUCGGGAUUUGUGGUUUUUUACCGGAUGAUUAAAUUGGAGGGUUGCUGUGAAAGCCGAAGUGUGCUAAUAUCUGUAUGUAAAAAUGUGCUAUGCUGUUUGUAUUUGUCACUAUUCACUUGUGAAGUUGAAAUUAGUGUUAAUAGACUUCCUUUUAUUACUUUCUUAAGCAAAUUGUUCAUAGAAAUGGACAAUUUGUUUAGGGGGAAGAAUUCGUUUA